GAGAGAGGAGAGGAGGAGCGGGGGUUCGGCCGCAGCAUCGCCCCCGGAGGGAGUGGAUGAUCAGCCGGAGCAGACCCAGAGAUGGCUGUUCUCAAACUGGCCGAUCAGCCUCCUCUCAUCCAGGCGAUCUUCAGUGGAGACCCUGAAGAGAUCCGUAUGCUCAUAUACAAGUCUGAAGACAUCAAUGCUCUGGAUGCAGAGAAGCGAACGCCGCUACAUGCAGCGGCCUUCCUGGGCGAUGCCGAAAUCACUGAGCUCCUCAUCCUCUCCGGGGCCCGGGUCAAUGCCAAAGAUAACAUGUGGCUCACCCCUCUCCAUCGUGCUGUGGCAUCCCGCAGCGAGGAGGCUGUGCGAGUUCUGAUUCGCCACUCGGCUGACGUGAACGCUCGGGACAAGAACUGGCAGACGCCGCUGCAUGUCGCCGCAGCCAAUAAUGCCCUGCGAUGUGCCGAGGUCAUCAUCCCUCUGCUGAGUAGCGUCAACGUAUCGGACCGAGGCGGACGAACUGCCCUGCACCACGCUGCCCUCAAUGGCCACACUGAGAUGGUCAACCUUCUCCUCGCAAAAGGAGCCAACAUCAAUGCCUUUGAUAAGAAGGACGGCCGAGCGCUGCACUGGGCAGCUUUCAUGGGUCAUCUGGAUGUAGUAUGCCUGCUGGUGAGCCAGGGGGCGGAGAUCAGCUGUAAGGACAAACGAGGAUACACUCCCCUCCACACAGCAGCCUCCAGCGGACAGAUAGCUGUGGUCAAACACCUGCUCAACCUUUCUGUGGAGAUAGAUGAGUCCAAUGCGUUUGGGAACACGGCGCUCCACGUGGCCUGUUUUAACGGUCAGGAUGCUGUGGUCAGUGAGCUGAUAGACUACGGUGCAAAUGUCAGCCAGCCCAACAAUAAGGGCUUCACCCCGCUGCACUUUGCUGCUGCUUCCACACAUGGAGCGCUCUGUCUGGAGUUUCUGGUCAACAAUGGUGCUGAUGUUAAUGUACAGAGUCGUGACGGGAAGAGUCCUCUUCACAUGACGGCGGUCCAUGGACGCUUCACUCGCUCCCAGACCCUCAUACAGAAUGGUGGAGAAAUCGACUGCGUGGACAAAGAUGGUAACACUCCUCUCCACAUUGCUGCCCGCUAUGGUCAUGAACUCCUCAUCAACACGCUCAUCACCAGUGGAGCUGACUGCACAAGGCGAGGAGUCCACGGCAUGUUCCCCCUCCACCUGGCUGCCUUGAACGCUCAUGCUGACUGCUGCCGGAAGCUGUUGUCCUCAGGUCGGAGGUUUAGCAUAAUGUGUAACGACUCGGUCCUGUCUGCAGGCUUCCAGAUAGACACUCCUGACACCAUGGGGAGGACCUGCCUGCACGCUGCUGCUGCCGGAGGUAACGUGGAGUGUGUCAAGUUGCUGUUGAGUAGCGGUGGAGACCACAACAGGAGGGACAACUGUGGCAGGACUCCCCUCCACUAUGCUGCUGCCAGCCGCCACUAUCAGUGUCUGGAGACUCUGGUGGCUUGUGGCACCGCCAUCAACGCCACUGACCAAUGGGGGCGCUCUCCUCUGCACUACGCUGCCGCCUCAGACUUGGACAGAAGGCGUCGUGUGGCUUUGGAGCCAGAGAGCGAAGGAGUUCAGGCGGAGAGAGAGAAAGAGGCGGCACUAUGUUUAGAGUUCCUGCUUCAGAGUGGAGCGACGGCCUCGCUGAAAGACAAACAGGGCUACAGUCCUGUCCACUACGCUGCAGCCUAUGGACACAGGCACUGUCUGGAACUGCUGCUGGACAGAGACGACAGUCACCAAGAAGACCCCGAAUCCCCGAACGCCAGGAGCCCCCUGCACCUCGCUGCGUACCACGGUCACGCUCAGGCCCUGGAGGUGCUGCUGCAGGGGGAGAGGGAGGUGGAUCAGGGGGACGAGGCAGGGAGGACCCCCCUGGCUCUGGCUGCUCUCAGAGGCCACUCCGACAGCGUUCACACCCUCCUCAGCCAGGGGGCGUCGCCGCGAAGCACAGACACGCAAUACGGGCGCACACCUGUACACCUGGCAGUGAUGAACGGUCAUACAACGUGUGUGCGCCUCCUGCUGGAUGACUCGGACAGUGCAGACAUGGUAGAAGCUGCUGACUCUCAGGGACAGACUCCUCUGAUGCUGGCGGUGGCUGGAGGUCACGUAGAUGCUGUGUCGCUGCUGCUGGAGAGAGAAGCCAACGUCAAUGUGCCCGAUAACCACGGCCUCACUGCACUGCACCUCGGGCUGCUGUGUGGUCAGGAGGAGAGUAUUCAGUGUCUGUUGGAGCAGGAGGCGUCGGUGUUGCUAGGCGACUCGCGGGGUCGGACUGCCAUCCACCUGGCCGCGGCCCGGGGCCACGCCUCCUGGCUGAGCGAGCUGCUGAGCAUCGCUUGCUCUGAGCCGCCCUCCCUGCCCCCCCUCAGAGACCACAGCGGGUACACACCGCUCCACUGGGCCUGCUACUAUGGUCAUGACGGGUGUGUGGAGGUUCUGCUGGAGCAGAAAGGAUGCCGCUGUAUUGAUGGGAACCCCUUCACCCCUCUGCACUGUGCUGUGGCGAAUGAUCAUGAGCCCUGUGCCUCUCUGCUGCUGGAGGCCAUGGGAUCAGACAUCGCUGGCUGUAAGGAUGCUAAGGACAGGACUCCUCUCCAUGCUGCGGCGUUCUCGGGUCACGUCGACUGCGUCCAGUUGCUCCUUUCCCAUGAUGCACCUGUUGAUACUGUAGACCAAUCAGGUCGCAGUGCACUGAUGAUGGCGGCUGAGAAGGGCAGGGCCGGGGCUCUCGAGGUGCUGUUGACCAGCGCCAGUGCCAACCUCAGUCUGACGGACAAAGACGGCAACACCGCCCUGCAUCUAGCCUGCAGUAAUGGAAAAGAAGACUGUGUGUUAUUGAUCCUGGAGAAGCUGCCUGACUCAGCGCUGAUAAACGCCACCAAUGCAGCGCUGCAAACUCCUCUUCACCUGGCGGCUCGUAGCGGUCUGAAGCAGGCGGUCCAGCAGCUGCUUUCCAGAGGAGCCAACGUUCAGACGGUGGAUGAGAACGGUCUGACCCCUGCUCUGGCUUGUGCUCCUAGCAGAGAGGUGGCUGACUGUCUGGCUCUCAUUCUGGCUACCAUGAUGCCUUUCUGCUCCCCUUGCAGCUCCGGGGCUCCCUCCCCAGGCUCCCUCCUGAGGCAGCUUCCCCACAAGGGGGUUAAAGGCCCAGGGCCCGGCCCUCGGGGGCCACGCAGCCCCAGGAACCCCUCCGGACCCUCCAGCGAGGGAACCACCGAGAACGACUCCGAGGACUCGGAAACCUUCUGACCCCUGCAAACCGACUCUCUACCCUCCUACCUCGACAUGUGCACCUGAACUUUGUAGUUUCUCCCCUGGUGGAACGAUGCAGUGUUUUUUUUUUUAGUCUGUAAACCCCGAGAGAGGAGGGUAGAGACUUGGUUGUGAUCCAGCGUGGAUGUUUGCAGUGUUUGUAUCUUCUGCUCUUCAUGUGGGGGAACGUGUACAGAAUCACCAGGCUGGAGACCCGCAGCGCUUUUUCUUAGUGCCCUUUUUCCAAAAAAAAAAAGAAAAGAAGCAGUGAUCGGAGCAGCUGCACUGCCCUGGACUGACUACUGCAGCCGAAACAAGUUGCUCCCUGAAACUGCGGUUGAAGAAUUUGAAUCCAGGCCAACAAUGGUUUGGGCCUGCAUGCUUGUGUUAACUUUACAUCAUGGUUUGUUCUUUCUACUCACGGGUGCUUAAAUCCAAACCGACCUCGGUACUCAGUCUCUGGACGGCGCAGCAACUCGCCUCUGAGACUUGUCUGUCUUAAAAAUAUAAAAAAAAGAAGCCAUUUUUAACUGUUUGUACAAAAUGAAGUAGACCAUUAAGAAAGUUAAGUGUAAUUUUAAUCUUUUUUUUUUUAAUUAUUAUUUUUGGCUUGUUGUACCAAAUAUUGGACUUUCACUCAUUAACAAUUAACAUAUUCCAACAACGACUAGGUCUCACAGAAAUUAAUGUCCCGCUUAUCGCAAAAAUGUUUCAUUUUUUCCCCCAUAUAUUUGAUUAUAGGAAUUUGUUUGGUAGCAGAAAGCACUUCUUGAAAAGUUAGUAAAAGAUUGUGGUUUAAUAUUUAAAAAUUGACAGUGAUGUGAAGAGGAUGUGUGAUUAACCUUUUUUAAUCAUUACUAAAAUCAUGGCCUUUUCCUGACCAUGAAAUCACAGUGAGGUAUUUAAGCAUUUAACAGAAUAUGUGGGUGGCGCAUUUGAUUGGAUAACUCAAAAGUAGGCGUGGCUUCAGAAAAAAAAACAUGUUUGGACCAAUGCUAUUCACCGUAUAUAUGCUUUCUUUAGGUAAUACUAUUCAGAAACACUCCAUGUUUCUUAUUAUGCCGAUGAUACCCAGUUCUAUUCAUCAGUUAGGCCAGAUAAAUCCAAUCAGUUAACUAAACUCUAAGCAUGCCUCAACUCUUAAA